AUGUCCUCUACGUUUGAAGACAGUGUUUUCAAUUUUGACUUUAAUUUACUUCAACAAAGUCCAAAAAAUGUCCCGGUUGAAAGUAAGAUUGAAAAACAGCGUAAGGCAAUUUUAAUUGCGAAAAAGAAAACAAUAGCUACAGAUUUUCUUAUUAAGAAAUAUUAUAGAAAAAAAGAUGUCUUGGAUCAGGCUGAGAAGAUAAUAAUAAAAUCUCAAGAAGAAUGUAAACAAGUUUGCAUAAAUUAUAAUAGUGCCUUGGAGAAGUGCACACAGUUGGAAAAGGAUACACAACUUUUACACCUACAAAUACAGGAACUGCAAGAACGAUUGAAUCAUUCAGAGAACCAAUGUGAGGCAAUACAAUCACAUGCCAAUCAACUUCAGGUACUUGUUCAUGAACUUGAGACACAGAUAGAAUCAUUAAAAAUAGAAAAUCAACUAGAGAAAUCAAACACAAAGGAGCAAACAAAAAGGAUAGUAUCACAGAAAAAUGAACAUGAUGUUAAUAUUGAUGACUUUUUUUUGCUUAGAGAUAUUGUACUGGGAAAAAAAAAAUUACAAAAUCAUCAUAAGAUAAUUCUAAAGAAAUACGAUAAGUUCAGACCAAAUACUGAUGCUGAUGACUCUGCUUCUGACUGUGGUAUAGACGAAAUAGAUGUGUUUGAUGAUUCAAGUUCAUCACCGACACCUGCCAAUGUUCUAUCUAAAAAUAGCAAUGAUCAGGCUCUCAAAUCUCCUUCCUCAAACAAAUUGGAGAAAAACAUAAAUAAUGAUGAAUUACGAUUCAGAAGUGUAGAUGUAGAUCUUGAUUCAGAUUCUGGUAAUGAAAAAUGUAGCUACAAGCCCUAUAAAGAUGAAACUGGUUGGAAGGGCGACAAGCCCCAUGAAGGUAAUACAACAAGAAAGAGCCACAAGUCCUAUGCAGACAGAACGACAAGAAAAGAUUCGGGCAGCCCUAAAAAGACUGAAGUUAUUACUUACGAUGAUCUUGACAUAUUCUCAGAGUCAAGCUCACCUAAAAACCAAACACGUCGAACAAGUAUGUCAGAUAAAGUGGUCCAUCCAAAGGAAAGCAUUCUGUGUAGAAUGAUAGAAAAGCAUGCAAAAUAUUCUGUCAGAUGCAAUGUGAAGAAAAUGUCAGAUACUACAAUAAAUUUAAUGUGCCAAAAAUUGGAAAACGCUCACAUGGGAAUAGCAAAAAGCCCUUUGGUAACUUGUUUAGUUUAUUUGUUACACUUUUUCAAAUGUGAAGAUAAAUUUAACAGGGUGCAAGAAAUUAGGGAUAUAUUGAGUCGUAAAUAUUUUUACCAAGUAUCAGAGUGGACUGAAAUUAAGGUUUUGGAAAUGUUUAAAAAUGCGAUUAAAGAAUUGCGUGAUAUUCCCAUUGAAAAGAAAAUGCUCAGGUCCUCUCUAAUUAUUCUUGCUAAGCGAAGAGGACCCCAAUGGUGCCAAAAGCAUAUCAUAAAAAAUAUGCUCCAGCCUCUUAUAGAAAAUGAAAACGUGUCAGAAAAAGUAAAGGAAUUUUGUGUUUCUAUUUUGGGACCACUAUUGAAGCCCUACCCUAAUGAUAUGAAAGUACAUUGUGAAAUUGUUGUUAACCAGCUGUUAGAAAUGUUGGAAAACAAUGUUUCUCCUCGAAUGAAGGAAGCUAUAUUCUCUUCCUUACUAUAUAUGCGACGGCACAACCAAACCCGAGUGACUCAAGCACUGUUAGCUUGGAAUCCUGUUAAUAUCUCACCAGAGCUUGAAAAACUUCUGCAAGAUUAUGUUAGAGAAAAACCAGCUAAAAUAUGGAAAACCACACUGUCAAAAGUGUCACUAAUG